AUGUCCCUGGAAGGUGACGCCGACCAUGCUCCCUAUCACUUCUCCGCCCAUCCGUAUCCCAUCGAGGAACCCGACUAUGAGUAUCCUGAAGAUGCCGAGGAUUGGCCGCAAUACGACGGAUGCCCAUACAAAAACGCCCAACAUCUCGCCAUCUGUCUGGAACGCUUUCUCAGCCGGUGCCAAAUGCAAGAAACAGGCACGCAUCCACCUCGCUUUGCGAUGACCUGUUGGGGGAAUAUCAAUUUCGAGAACCUGGAGUGCGUGACUAUGGGCUCGCAAUGGCAGGUUCUAGCGGUGGGGGACGAUGCCAACUCCGGAGCUCCUCAUAUGGUGGCCCUCAUGUGGAGUGAACUCGCCCGGCCGCAGAAUGAGGAGCUCUGUCGCGGCGAGGUUGACGCCGCAAUAAUGAUCAUGCACGGGCGCUUGCGGGACCCUUCGCUCCGACCUCAUGUCAUUGCUCCUGUACUGCUGCUCUCGGCCAUCGGGGAGCACUAUCUCCGAGUGAUCGAGGCAUACUUCGACAAGGGCGAACUAUUCAUGCGGAGCACCCCGCUUAUGGACAUGCGCGAGCGGGAUUUGGAUCAGCUCAUCACUUUGGUGAGAUGGUGCUGGGGAGGCCCCAGCAGCAAGGAUAUCAAACUCGUCAAGUCUUGA